AGUCGUCAUUGGAUUAAACUACAGGAUUGAGCAGUUCCUCAUAAUAUUAUAUGUUAAAUCGAAUCUACAAAAUAACUGCUGACUACACCCAUCAGACAUGGAGUGCAAGAUAACUUUUCUUGUGCGCAUUUACUCCACACAUUAAUGCGAAUGCGGUUGUGCGCUUAGAGGGCAGUCAUUACUGUAGAGUCAGAGCAGAGGGGGAGAUGUGUCACAUUCUUUUGGUUUUUGAGUCAGUCCACUGUGCAAGUAUGCGGCUCCCUCUGUUGGCACAUCUUCUCUUCCUGCUCCUGGCAGCAGGGAGAGAUGUCACAGGAGAGACGGUAGACAGGAAGCCCAACUUUGUUCUGAUGAUGGUGGAUGACCUGGGCAUUGGUGAUGUAGGAUGCUACGGUAAUGACACCAUCAGGACUCCUAACAUAGACAGACUUGCUUCUGAAGGGGUAAAGUUGACUCAGCACAUUGCAGCUGCUCCCCUCUGCACCCCGAGCCGGGCCGCUUUUAUGACGGGGCGCUAUGCACUCCGCUCAGGACUGGGAAGCACAGGCCGCGUGCAGGUGCUGCUGUUCCUUGGUGGUUCAGGGGGGCUGCCACCCAGUGAGACCACCUUUGCUAAGAGGCUGCAGCAAGAAGGAUACACCACCAGCCUAGUGGGUAAGUGGCACUUGGGUGUGAACUGUGAACAGAGAGGGGACCAUUGCCACCAUCCAAACCAGCAUGGCUUCAGCUACUUCUACGGCCUGCCGUUCACUCUGUUCAAUGACUGUGUGCCCGGAGAAGGGAGUGAUAUCAUGGCAGACCUCCAGCACACACUCGGAAAUCUUAUCAUGUUGCUUGGAGUUGGACUUUUCUCGCUGGUGUGUGUCCGUGUGUGUGGCCUCCUUGAAGUCAGCCUGUGGCUAUUGGCAGUGCUUGUUUUUCUCAGUAUCCUAGCAGCCGCUGUGUGGUACAUACCCUUUAAAUGCCUGCAGACAUGGAACUGCAUCAUCAUGAGAAACCAAGAAGUGAUCGAACAGCCAAUGACAGUGGAGACACUGCCCCAGAGGUUACUGAGAGAAGCGCAAAACGUUAUAAAGAGGAAUGUUGAUCAGCCAUUCCUCCUCUUCUUCUCAUUGGCCCACAUCCACACGCCACUCUUCAAAACACCCGCCUUUGCUGGCAAAAGUCGCCAUGGUGGCUACGGUGAUAACCUAGAAGAGGUGGACUGGAUGAUCGGUCAAAUUACAGAGACAGUGGACUCCCUCGGCCUUGCCAACAAUACUCUGAUGUACUUUACAUCAGACCAUGGUGGACACCUAGAAGAUGCUGAUUCCAUAAUUGGCCAGAAAGGAGGCUGGAACGGCAUUUAUAAAGGUGGGAAAGCUAUGGGAGGCUGGGAGGGGGGGAUCAGAGUGCCUGGUAUUUUCCGCUGGCCUGGCAGACUGGCAGCUGGAAGAGUAGUGGACGAACCCACUAGCCUCAUGGACCUGUAUCCAACUCUGAAAUAUUUGGCCAAAGACACACAACCAGACAGACAAUCAGAUGGCUUUAACCUAAUGCCACUGUUGGAGGGAAAGGUGGAGCGAUCAGAGCAUGAAUUCAUGUUCCACUACUGUGGAAUCUACCUGAAUGCAGUACGCUGGCACCCACCUGGAAGUGACUCCGUCUUCAAGGUGCACUUUUUCACUCCUAACUUUUCUCCCCCGGGAGCCGGGGGUUGCUACGACACUAAGGUCUGUCUAUGUCAUGGAGAACAUGUGAUGCAACACAACCCACCGCUGCUGUACGACCUUUUCCACGAUCCCUCAGAGUCCCGCCCACUGACCCCUGAUACUGAGCCGCGACAUGCUGAAAUCCUUCAGCAGACCACCAAAGCUGUGGAGAGACAUAGAGAUACCCUCACAAACAAGAAGGGGUCGGAUGAUACUCAUUCGCACCCCGACGCAGAUGCCGGAAGUGUUCAGAGCCAGAUGACAUUGGACAGGAUUCUGUGGAGACCCUGGCUUCAGCCCUGCUGUGGGACUUUUCCCUUCUGCGGCUGCAAGGAGAACACAACACAUAUUUAAGUGGCAAUCCUUAAGAUGUCAGUCCUUUUAGAAAUUUCUGUUUGAGUGAAAAUGAUGGAAUUGUGCUUUGAGUUUUGAAGUCUGGAGCCUUUUCGUUGAUGAAGUUGUUUUUAGAGUUGAGUGCAUAUUUACAUUUUUUUGUAUACAAUGAAGAAAAACUGUAAUACAGAAUUGUUUGUAAAAUGCAAACAUUACAAUACUUGAAUCGUUGGCCAUUUUAAAAGUUACCUCUUAAACGAUUUUAACAAAGCUGAGCUUAUUUUAGGCGCCUUGAGCAAAUCUCUUCAAAUUUGGCACAAAUGUCCACUUUGACUCGAGGAUAAACUGAUUAGACUUCGGUGUGUCCAACCUUGUGUCCAUUACUCAAUAAUUCAUACGCCAACUAUGACAAUUUCACAGAAAUGUCUAGUAGGAUAAAAUGAUGAAGUGAUGAUACAACCGUGAAGCGCUAAUUCUAGUUCUGAGCAGUCUGUCUGUAUUUCAGUAAAGGAAGAAAGAGAAAAGGGUAUGAAUGUAGUUUUGACUGUUUUCCAUUAGAGGGCAGAGUCUGACUGUGCUUGGUUGAAGGUUAGCUGUGCUGUGUGUUUGUAUGAGAGAGAGAGGAGGGUGAGAUUGCAGCUCAGUUCUGUCACUGUGGGCUCUUGUGCUGUGUGGUAUUAAUUAUGUCUAAAUAUCAGGAUUAUAUGUAUUUUCAGUCAUAGGUACACAAAUACAUAAGCAUGUGAAGCACAUAGCAUUUUGAUAUUGCUGUAAAAGCAUGAUAUUGCAUCAGCAGCGAUUAGCUGGAAGUUAGAAAUGGAAUCCCUCCCCUUAGUUUGUUUUUAACUCUAGUAAUUACAAUAAUACCUCCCAGUAAUCAUUUUUUUUCUGUUGCUCUUUAUUAUCCAUCGAUUCUGCACCAUUUUCCUCGUGCUUUCCCUUUCCCCCUCCUUAAAAGUAUCCCAUGGCGCUCUUCUUCCUUCCCUUCUCAUUCAUCCAAAUUGUUCUGCAACCUUCCACAUUCACACUCACUUCUCCAUCAGGAAUGUCAAAGCACAAGGUCAGCUGCAGAGCAGCUUUGCUCAAAGACACUGAGGCAGGGGGGGAUGCUGUCCACUAGUUUUGAUCAAAAUGACACCCUGUGGCUUCACAAAUCUUCAGUAUUAACAGACUUAAAAGACUGUGUGAACUGUUCCAUCAUCAGCGUCAUCAUCGUUGAUUGAAAUCAUCAUCAGCGCUCCCUCCAGCAGUGGCUGGCUUGUCAAAACAUCAAAGUUUGCUAGUCUACAAUUGCUCUCCUUCCUUCCCUCCUCUCUGUUUCCUCUUCCUCCAUCUCCUCAAACUGCUUCCUUCAUCUCCUCAAACUGCUUCCUUCAUCUCCUCCUCCUUGUUGUCCUCCCUUUUUCCUCUUUCACUCCCUCCAGAAAUUGCACCUACAUCUGCAAGUGAGGAGGGCAAUUUCAUCACCACCAUCAUCAAUGUAAUCAUUGCCAUCACAGUGAUAGUAUUUACUUCUUUCCCUCCAGCAGAGACCCAUAAAUCAAACUCUCAGCAAGUUCAUUACAGUAGCCACUCCCUUAUAUCUCUAACAGUAAAUCAUGCAGUCGUCCAUACAUAAUGACAUUUGGCUGUACGUCAAAGUUAAUGAUGGCUGGUGGGAUAUAAUGUUACUGGCUGCACAUCAUGUCUCACAGACAUAAUUGUGCACACGUAACCACACAGAAACAUGGAUGUGUGCACAGACCUGCAUGCACACAGUACAUCAUGUUGUUUUGAACAGAUCAGUGACUUUCUGUAAAGGUCAGUGGUUCGAAAGACGCCAUAAAGCAUUUUUACAACCCUCUUACACACAUAAACACACAUACAGCUUGAAAAGAUGUGCAUAUUGCACGGCAGCUCAAAGACACUGGAAAUGUAUCUCUUGUAUUAAGCAGGUUCCACAAACGGUAAUAGCUAAGGGACUGUUGCAUUGCUCUGAUUUAAUUUUGGGUUUGUGCCUUUAGUUCGACUGAUGCUAAGAGUAGAGGUCAUUGUCGAGCAGAGAAUGUUUUUAAAAUUAACUUUGUCAGUCAACUGUGGCAGAAUAUCUUUGUUGUGGGAAAUCUGUUUUCUAUCUCGGCAGUUAGUUUUCAUUAAAUGGCAAUGGCAAGCCUAGACGAUGUUGGUUGUAUGUAGUACUCUCAGUUUGAAUGAUAAAAAACAUACAUGAUACUGACCAUCACAGGUCAAAUACACACACGCCACAAUUGUUCUGUUAGUCAAAUUUUGUAGGCUACUAUUUUUUGAUGUAACCUCUUGCCAUAUUCCACCAUACUUCUCGGUGCACUGAUUAUUUGUUGGGAACUGCUGCUUCACUUUUGUGCAUUUUGUACCUCAAGUAUGUUCCAUGUCCCAUGUUUGUAAUGAACCACUAAAAAGA